GUCAAGUCGUUCCUUUCUUCCUUGCUCAUUAAAUAAUUGGCGUAAAACAUUAUGUGCAGUAUCUAUGAACCCUGUUAAUUGAAUUGAAACGGUUGUCGUUCAUGAGGAACUCCCUAUGCAACUGUGUAGAAAUGACGAGUGAAAUUAAUUCAACAAUUAGUCAUUGGUCAAUUUUUCAAUAGAGGAGCAUCUAUGUAAAGGAAACGUGCGGUAUUAUACUGGUUUGAUAUAAUUCACUUUUAACGUUAAGAUACAUUCCCUGAAUGCAGAUCGUGACGUCAAAGUUAAUUAUGACGUCAUAUCGUAUGAAGUACAGACAAGUGACUUUCUACAUAUCGCUGUAAAAUCCAUCGGGAAGCCUUAAGACAUGUGCAUGCCCGCGCAUCAAUUCAAUGCACAUAGCUAGAGUUUAUAGCGGGAAACUUUAAGAUGUUAGGAUGAACGAAGGGGACGAAUUCAGUUCAUUUCAGGAAUUUCAGGACAAAUUAUUACAAUGGUCUACAGCUACAAAUACGGUUUGGGUAAAAAGUCACAGCAAAACCGUAGAGACUGCCAACAAGAAACUUUCAUCUAAAUCAAAAACAUUUGACCAGAAAUUCAAGUUUAGAAACGUGUUGUACAGGUGUAAACAUGGAGGUGCACCGAGACAAACUGGAAGAGGACUACGGCCAAAUCAAAGUUCCUUUAAACAAGAUUGCCAAGCAAGACUUUUUCUCACUGUUAACAAAGAGAAGACAAAGCUUGUUGUUCAAACUCUGGUCACUGCUCACAAUCAUGAGACUAGCAACAAUGCAUUUAAGCAUUACCCAGAACAACGGCGGUUAAGUGAAGCAAAGAAAAAAGAAGUGGAAACAAUGCUUGAGCUUGGUGUAAAAGUCAAAUACCUGAAAGAACAUAUUGAAGCACAACAACACCAAGUCAUCACCCUUAAAGAUCUCCACAAUGUACACCAAAAAGCAAAAAGAGAAAGAAAUGGAGACAAGACUGAAGAAGAAUUAUUGAUGGAUGAACUAAAGAAGCUUUGUGAAGAUGACCCUGAGGCUGUCAUUUCAGUUCAAGCAAAUAAUGAAGGAGUAUUGGAGUUUCUUCUUCUGGUCACUGGUGACAUGAAGCAAACAUUUGCCAUGUUCCCUGAGGUGCUAAUGAUUGACUCUACUUACUGUACAAACAGGCUGAGAAUGCCAUUAUUUUCCCUUCUGGUAGAAGACGGAAAUGGAACUGGGCAAACUGUAGGGUAUGCUUUUAUCACCCAUGAAACAGAACACACCCUCUCAGCUGUCAUGACAGAGAUUUCAAGAAUACACAAAUUAGAAAAAGUAAAAGUUGUAGUAUUAGACAAAGACAUGAAGGAAAUUGCAGCUGUCAGAAAAGUUAUUCCAGGGGCAGAAAUUCAACUUUGUAAAUUCCAUGUCAUUCAAGCUGUAGAUAGAUUUAUUCAAAAAUUAUCAAAACCACAAGAGGAAAAAAAUGAUCUUAAGAAAUCUUUUCAGUCACUUGUGUUUUCGAAAUCAAAAUCAGCUUUUGAAAGAGCAUUAUGUCACCUGGCAGCAACAGCCCCUGAUAGUUUCAUGGCCUAUUACAACAAAAACUGGGGAAAGCCACAUCAGAUAAAACAUUGGGCAUUCUAUAAAACAAUCCAACAAAUUAAUCUGGGAAACACAACAAAUAAUAGGAUGGAGUCACAUAACCAGAAAAUCAAAGAUAUCCUGAAAAGAAAUAUGACACUAACAGAGGCAGUAAAGAGCAUCUUACUACUGCACAGGGGAAAAGUAAACGAAAUGACUCACAGAGAAUUCAACCAUACAUUUAAAACUGCAUACCGCCUAGGAGAUGAUGAUGUUGUAAAAGAUGACAUUGUUAAAAACAUAACACCAUAUGCAGCAGGCAUCCUUAUUGCAGAACUAGAGAAAGCCCGUUUCAGCACAUUAAAGAACAAUAAAAUGUGCAGUUGUUCUCUUAAGAAGACCAUGCUUUUGCCAUGUAGACAUGUUUUUGCCAGAAGGAUAGAGCAGGGAGAAAAUAUAUUCAAUAUUGAUGAUGUUGCAGAGAGGUGGCACCUAUCAUACCAGAAAAAAAUAUGGACAAGUAGGAGACACAAAAGGACAAAUACAGAAACACCAGAAAGCAGUCAACAUCUGCGAAAAAAAUUUAAGAAAAAUCCAUUAUCAAAAACCCAAAAAUUCAAGGAAAUGAUGGUAUUAUGCAAGGCUAUUGCAGAUUAUGCAUCUACUUUGGGUACAAAAGAGUUCAAUGAAAAAAUGGAUACUCUUGCUACGAUGUAUGAUGCAUGGCUCAGUGGGGAAAAAGUCAUUUUUAAAGCAGAAGAAGCUGAUGAACCUUAUCCCUGUGUGACACCAGAGACACCAAUCAUCUCAGCUCCAUCUCCAUCCAAAAUUAACAACAUGGUGCCCUCACCUAAAACCAGUGAAAGCGUUGAAGACUUGCCUUCUUCCCCAUGUUCGCUGCCACCAUUAUCACCUGAAUCUCCACCAUUACCGUCCGAAAAUAACAACAUGGUGCCCUCACCUCAAACCAAUGAAAGCGUUGAAGACUUGCCUUCUUCCCCAUGUUCGCUGCCACCAUUAUCACCUGAAUCUCCACCAUUACCGUCCAAAAAUAACAACAUGGUGCCCUCACCUCAAACCAAUGAAAGCGUUGAAGACUUGCCUUCUUCCCCAUGUUCGCUGCCACCAUUAUCACCAGAAUCUUCACCAUUGCUGUCCAAAAAUAACAACAUGGUGCCCUCACUUCAAACCAAUGAAAGCGUUGAAGACUUGCCUUCUUCCCCAUGUUCACUGCCUUCAUUAUCACCUGAAUCUUCACUCAGUAAUGACAACAUGGUGCCUUCACCUUGUACUAGUGAAUCCUUUCAAGACUGGCCUUCCUCACUAGCCUCAUUACAAUCUUUAUCUCCAACUCCACUUCAAGACAAUCCAAGAGAAUUAACACCAAUGCCUUCUUCUCCGUUUUCUUUUGAAUCGAACACUCCAGAAAAAAGCACAACUCCUGUGCCUUCCCCAGCAGGAUUCAAAAAAGAUAAAUCAAGAACAUCCACCUGCAGUACAGGCAGAGCAACCAAAAUUCUUAAAGACUUGAAGACUAUAAAGUUACCAAAAACUCCUCCAGUUAGAGGAAAUGUAAGGCUUCAGAAAGGAAAAGAAAAUGUUUUCCAAUCAAGAAAAAGAUUGCUGGAAAAAAAACGGUUGAACAAAAAGGAAACAAAUAAUGAAAGCAGGCAUAGUAAAACCAAUACCAGUAGGAGUGAUGAAAUAGACAUGAUUGGAGACCCUAAGGAGAUGCUUACUGAUGUCCACAUAAAUGCAGCACAAAAAUUACUAACACAACAAUUUCCAAAGAUGCAUGGACUACAGGACACCAUUCUUGGAAGCAAACUGCAGUUUGCGAUUGAAACUGGAGAUUUCAUACAAAUUCUACAUGAUGGUGCCCUGCAUUGGUUGACAAUAUCAAACCUGUUUUGUAAUGAUAACUGUGUUGACAUCUUCGACUCCCUGUAUACAUCAGUCUCCAUGGACGUUAAAAUGCAAGCUGCAUGCAUUAUGAUGAUCCAAGAGCAGACCAUGGGUAUAAAUGUCAUCAAUUGCAAGCGACAAAAAGGAGGAUAUGAUUGUGGAUUAUUUUCAAUUGCAUAUGCAACAGAUCUUUGUUUUGGAAAUGACCCAUCAAUGAAAACUUACACCCAGAAAAGUAUGAGAAGUCAUUUGCUCUCAUGUUUGGCAGAAAACCAAAUGUGCCCUUUUCCAUCAGAAGAAAGGAAUAUGCAGAAAAGGGUGACAAAGUCCUUUAAGAUUCCACUUUUCUGCAUUUGCAGAUUACCAGACAAUAGGGAAGAAAAAAUGGGGAAAUGUGAGGAAUGUAAGGAGUGGUUUCACAAGUCGUGCCUUUCAAUUCCAAAGAAGGUGUUUGAAGAAGUGAAUUCGAAAUGGUACUGUACUAAAUGUAAAAAAAAAUGACCACGCAAAUUUAUCCACCUCAAAUUGACUUCUGAUGCAGUUUUGAUGAUCUAUUCUUACUAUUUUGACAGUCAUAUAUUUCAUCUAUGAAUCAUUUCUUAUUCAGUUUAGAAAAAUUGUAAUUUGAUCUGGACAUCGUGUCUGUGUAUUUCAUUACUAU